GGUCAGUAUCCCGGCGCUCCGGCGGAGUCCACCGGUUCAGCGGCGGAUGAGAGGAGCACUGUCUCCCACCUCCUCGUUUCCCUCCCCCGCAGCGACGCCACAUCUUGCCCUAAACUGCCGGUCGCCGGAGGCAUGCUUGCGGUGGGGUGCGGAGGGGAGGAGGAGGUGUGUGUGUGUGGUGAUGGAGGGGGGGUGUUUGGUGCGGGGAAAGCGAGCGAGGGAGGAGGGAGGGGAGUGAGACAGUCGAGCUAAAUGCAGAACGCGCUGUCAAAUAGGAACUGAAGCCGGCAUACAGCGGAGCAGAAGGAGCUGUCGGAGCGCGGAGCUUGACCGGGAGUACCGCAGAUCCCCCCGCCAGCGAGGUGUUUCCUGCUUCUCCUGCUUGGGCCAGGAUGACCCGGCUGCGCUGACCCAGGCCGGCGGGUGCCAUGGGGGACGGGGGGGCCCUCCACAGGGAGGGCAACGCCCUCCUGAAGGCCGUCUUCCAGGGCAAGCUGCGCCUGGCCCGGCUGCUGCUGGAGGGGGGCGCCUACAUCAACGAGGGCAACGAGCGCGGGGAGACGCCGGUGGCCGCCGCCUGCCUGGCCAGCUACGAGGACCCCCAGAACCGGACCAAGAUGGUCCGCUACCUGCUGGAGAAGGGGGCCGACCCCAACAUCCCGGACAAGUCGGGCCGGACGGCGCUGAUGCACGCCUGCGCCGAGCGGGCGGGCAAGGAGGUGGUCUCCCUGCUCCUGGAGCACGGGGCGGACCCCAGCCUGAAGGACUACUCGGGCUCCUCGGCGCUGGUCCACGCCAUCAACAAGGGCGACCGGGAGACGCUGCAGAUCCUGCUGGACGCCUGCAAGGCCAAGGGCAAGGAGGUGAUCAUCAUCACCACUGACACCUCCCCCUCGGGCACCAAAAAGACCAAGCAGUACCUCAACUCCCCCCCCUCGCCGGGCGUCGACGACAGGCUCUCGCCGGGGGGCUGCAUGUCGCCCUCCGAGGUGGAGAUCCGCACCUCGGCCUCGCCGGGCAGCGAGAAGGAGGAGGAGGAGGGCAUCUUCAGCUUCGCCCUCACCUCCGCCCUCCCCCUGCCCUCCGCUCGGCCGCCGGGGGACAGGAGAGCCCCCCCCCCGCACAAGCUGCUGAAGAGGCUCAACUCCGAGCCCUGGGGGCUGGUGGCUCCCUCGGCGCUGAGCGGCGGCCCCCCCGACAGGCCGGAGAGGGAGGGGGAGGCCGUGGCGGAGUCGGAGGAAGGCGAGAGGGUCGUCUCGGAGAUGAACGGCCUGAGCGUCUCCGGCCCCAGCCGGCCCGUCCUGUCCCGUAGGCACAGCAUCGAGACCCACGACCCCUGUUCCCCCAUGCUCAAGGACCGCUCCUGCUCGGAAGACUGCGCCGCCCUCUAUGGCUCCUCUUGGGCCGACAAGGUCCAGCAGCACCAGGUGCUCUACCGGAGGAACACCGCCCCCGAAUCCCAGGAGGCAGCUGGCUCGGCGCCGGCUGGGGCCCGGGGUGGCGUGGCCCACCCCAAACUGACCCGGAUGGACCACUACGAGUCCGACACCCACCUCUGCCCGGAGUCCAUCCCCGGAUCCCCCGAUUCCGGCCGGGUUUCGGUGGAACGCCGCAAGUACAACGCCUCCCCCCUCUCCUUGCUCACCAGCUCCUCCCGGGAAUCCCUGGAGAGCAUCCCCAAUUCCGUCUCGCCCCUCACCAUGCGCAGGAGACCCCCGGGGCUGCUGGAGCGCCGGGGGUCCGGCACGCUGCUGCUGGACCACAUCUCCCACACCCGCCCCGGGUUCCUGCCCCCGCUGAACGUGAACCCCCAGAGGCCCAUCCCCGACAUCCGGGCCAACGGGAGACCCCCCUCCCCCGUGCACUCAGGCCACAAGAUCCUGGUGCCGGUGGCGCCCAGCUCCCCCAAGCGUGGCGAAUCCAAGCUGAAGAAGAAGCUGACAAGGAGGCACUCCAUGCAGACGGAGCAGAUGAAGCAGCUCUACAACUUCCAGGAGAUUCUGGCCGAGAAGAUGAUCGAGUUCACAGGGGACUGAGCGCCCCCCCGCGGAGACGGCCCCCGUCUCUCAGCCGGGUCUCCUUCGGAUUCUAGGACCCACAUUCCUGCUGACCCGCUUUUCCACAGAAACCUUUCUUCACAGACCCUGGAAUAGGACCAACACUUGUACACCGAAACCCCCCGGAGGGAUACCCGAACUAGGAUCAACGUCUCUGCUCGCUUUUUCUGGGAGGAAACCUGAAAUUGCAGGAGCUGUCCCAGAAGCUGAAAUUCCCAGAAAGUCCCCUGAAAUCCCGGGAGCUGUCUGGAUGAAAAUUCCAGAGCUGUUCGGUUUGGCGAACCGGUUCAUCCGGUAGCAAUUUUUUUCCUAUCUGGCCUCCAAGCAAAGGUGAUCUGUGACGCAAGCUGAAAAACAAAUUGGCUUCCAGUUUCUUUUUUUUCUGUCCUGAAAAAGCUAAUUUCCAGAAGUAACUGAACGGAGGGUUAUCAGGUUAUAUGAAGAGUCUAGCAGACACGAUCAGCAGUUCCUUGCAUUUUGUCUUUGGCACUUUAAAUAGUGGGGGGAGGUGGAACAUAAAUUUUAUGCUAUAUGCAAAUAUAUUUAAAUCCCACAGCACACUGCAGUGCUACAAGAAUUGUACUGAAUGUCUUGCCAAACCAGGGUGAGGGAUAAAGGUUUUUUGUGUGUAAGAGUAGAUUUUUUUUAACCCUUUUCCCAGAGUAAAUGGGAAAACCCCCCAAACUGAGAUUUCGGCCAUGAUCAAGAAGCUGAGGGCCAAACCCGGCCCCUGCCAGUCAGGCUCACGUGCGAAAGGGACAUGUGUCCGCGAGGGAGGGCGUUUUUUAAGGUGAGGAAAACAAAGGCCACAGUCCUCCAAAGUCAGGGAAAGCUUACUCUCACACCUUCGUUCUGAGGCUCUGCCGAUCGGGAUGUUGAGAACGAUCCCAGAGUUCACCCUCGCCUGAUCGUCUGCAGGUGAUGGAGUUGUGCAGCCCGCUGGGUGAAGGAUCUGGCCCGUGCAGAGCGCAGGAGAUUCGGAAUGGGUAGGGCUGCACGACGGCACAGUGAGGAGGUGCUGGGAUGAAUUUUGGUGGAGACAAGCACCUCGAGAGCAAUGGGGAAUGCCCAGGAUGGCAGAGAACGUAACCCUAGAUGUACUGGGAGAGACGAGUGACGUAGAUGGAGAGGUGGGGGCUUACAGUUGUAACUUGUACCAAAGACCUCAGGGGAGCUCGAAGUAAGACAUGGUCUCCGCUGAGGAGUUCCCAGUCCCUGUCCUGCUGAACCCACACUCCUGCCAGGAUCUGCUCCAGCCCACCUCCGUCUCACAAUCAAACCCUUAAUUGAUUUAAUAACUGGAUGAACUUGAACGGUUUGGCCAUUUUCAGCUCUUAAACAUGUUGAAGGGUGCUCUGUAUUUAUUGCUUUUCCUAAGCAAGAUGAAACUGGCAGAUGUUCCAAUCAAACAACCCAUUAGUUCAGGAGUGAAGCUGGGCUGGAAUGAAAACCCUGGAGGCGCGUGGGCCUCCAGGAGCAGGAUUGGGAACUGCUGAGCUAGAGCAAGUGUCGGCUGCUAACAGGCUGAGGCAACUGUGUGAUCCCAGAUUUUCACUUGCUGAUGUAUUCGUGUAUUGAUUGAUCAGCUCACUAUUCCUGCUGUUACGCUGGAUUUUGUUUGCAGGUGGUGCUUUGGCCCUUUGGAGGACUUAGCCUUCCAAUUCCUUCUUGCCUCAUCCAUCGGGAAUAAGAUGUUUUCGAGAACAAGCAAGGUGCGAGGGUCCGUGCACGGACCGAGGUGAUCACCCAGCAAUCGGCAUUCACACCAGGACACUGCUCGGGACGAGCUUCGGGAGCAGUAGGGAUGCGAGGGUGAUGCUGGGGUGGGCCAGGCACGCUCAGAUCAUUUCAGAUCGCCCCCCCCCCGCCAACCCCCCAGGGACAUUUCCACUGCCCCUCCCCCUCUGAAAUCUUGCAAUCCUUUCCUGGAGACCAAAAACCUCCCUCCUCAGGAACUGCAGACCUGUGGCUGGUGUGUCCCCCUGCACCGACGCUCUCUGGGACCGGCCCAGACUGGACGAUUCUUCCAUUAGCAGUGAAGUAAAAGUGCAAUUCCUUUGGGAAUCUCCCGCCCCUCUCUCUCCCUCUGGCAAAUUCCAAGGGCAAUCCAAAAUCCAACAUUUCCUUCUAGUCUGGGGGUCCAACUGUACAAGACCAGCCCUGACUGUGAGUCAGUUCGACUGGCUUGUCCAUUUCCUCGCACACCGAGACCAGCAUGUGUGGGGUAAAUUGUAUAUAGUGUAUCAAAUACAAGAGUAAUUAAGUGUUUUAUAUCCAAUGUAUAAGUGCAAUAUCCUUCACUGCUGUACCGAAUCAAAUCUUCCACAUGACAUCAGUGCACAUUGGAAUCGUUUUUUAUUUUAAUUUGUUUCAAUUUACCGAAGUGGUCAAAACAGGGAAGGCCCCUGAAGUGAAACGUGUUACACCUAGAGGAUUUUCCUAGUGCAUUUCACUUUUUAACAUAGUUUAACGUCAGUUAACUGUUCAAGUCAUCAAAACCUACGUUUGAGCCAUUUCAGGUGAAAGGUCGCAAGUGGCCUGUCUAACUCUUUUGGAUGUGUUGAGGAUUUGUUCCAGCCAUUACUUGAACAAUCCCAGGGAAUCACCCCCAACAGCAUGGCUGGGCACCUUGUUCCAGACACCCACCACCCUUUGUGUAAAGCAAUGCUUGAAUUCAGUCCUCAAUACCCAGACUCGUAUGUUCCACUGGUGAGCUGAGGUCCCAGUUUAUUCUGAGGUAGGUUUCUGAGUUGGAGCUGUCUUAAUUAUUAGGAAUCUACAUGCUUAGUGACCGAAAAUUAGAUCCGUUGCUGAUCUUUGAUCUCAUCCCAAUGCCGCAAUGUCAAUUUUGAUCUGUGGUGAAAACAAUACUCUAAAUAAGGUGUUACCAGUUACACUUUCCAUUAGAAUUCCUGUUGUUCAGUUGGCCUUUUGAGUGGAUAAAGUCACUGACACCAAAAUCCUCUUCAGAAGUGACAACCUGAAGCCCAAGCCCCACCCAUCUUGUGUUUCAUGGACUAACCAGGACAGAGGUGGCCUGAGUUUGCCUGUGAGAAACAGAACCAAUGAUAUAGUUUGAUUUGACCGAGUUUUGAUUUAGGGAUGACAGCCAAGUUCAAUUAGACUCAGCUGUCAAUAAUUUGCAAUCACCCCUGACGUCUUUUCCUAUCCUAAACACUAUAAAUACUGUAUGUGAUCCCUUUCUCUCCCAUGCACGUCUUUUGACUCCCUCUUCAGUCUCCCUCCACUAUCCUUCCAGUUGUCUCCCACAUAAGAUGCCUUUGUUAUAGAUUGAGUAAAAAAAUCCUCCUCAAAUACUCCACUAACAGACAACAUCCCAGACAUUCCAAAUCUGUCCUGCCCCUUUCCACCUGAUUCUAAAUGAUGUCUAUUUGUUUGGCAGCAGAAGAGAUUCCAGACAAUACUUGCCAGAGCAGUACUCCACUGCCACUGGUCUAGUCAAUGGUCUAUCAAGCUGUGGCUCUUCCAGUCCGUUCCAUUACAGAACUCCCGAUCCAGCCAAACACCAGCGAAGCACAGGAGGCUGGAGUGAAAGUCUGUAAUGUAGCAGUUGUGAGAGGGAGUUCUGCGAGUUCGGCAGCCCCAUUCUUGUAAAACAGACCAGACGUCUGGUGCUCUUGAAUCACACUCUCCCACAGAGGCCUCAAAAUCAAUUCCUGGCAGGACCUGGGAGCUUUUGGAUCUUGGUUCUACCUGAGCUCUGUCUUAUGUAGUUGGUCUAAUUAUCUAAUUAACAGCAUAAUUGUAAAUACUUCUAACCACGCUUAAAAGCGUUUUAUAGGUGAUUGAACUUUUACGGAUGUGCAUUUUUUUCAGUAAUCACCUGUCAUAGACCUUAGCAAACACCCGUUAAGCGUCUGACUAAAAAAAAAAAGUUAAUCGUUUAAUUGACUGCUCAGGUUGGAACAAAAUCCAGAAGAUACCAGGUCUUCCAGGAGCUGAGUGGGACUUCCUCGCUGUACCACAUCUUAGGAAUAAUAAGUUCGAAUAAAUGUGUGUUCAGGGAACUAGGUCCUCUGUGGAAUAUUUAUUACAUCCGAAUAAAUAAGGGAGCAAUAGCUCUGCUAUUUCGCACACAACUCCCGAUGGUCAGAUACCGUAUGUCAGUGGUUCCCAGUCCUGGGCCUGGUGACCCCCACACACCUGCUGGGGUUUGUUCCAGCCGAGCCCUCAGUGACACAGUCAGACCCUUCAUCGACUUCAGGAGAUUCAUCUGAAAUGUUUUUUCACCCCAGCUCUUAUGUUGGAGCUUCAACAGUCGUAUUUUGUAAAUUAAAUAAAAUCCCAAAAGUUGCGACUUGAAACAAAACGCGAAUAUUUCAAAUAAGCACCUUCUUAGAUCAAUGAAGGCUUCAGUGAUCUAAUGACCGUAGGCUGGAAUGAGAACCAGCAGGUGAGAGGGCACCAGGAAGAGAACUAGGAGCCCCUCUUGCAUGUAUACUGACUUUGCAUCUUCAUAAGUGCCAACGUUUACACGAGAGAUAAAUGAAAUCAUUUUAAAAUAGAGGACUAUUUCUUAAAGAUGACCACAGGCUGGACAGAAAUCGUUGCGAUGGAGGGACAGAUCACAUGAACCCAGUGGUUUUGAUCCAAGGUGAGUGGAAGUCAAUGUCAGUUUCAGGUACAACCAAACACCAAUCCUGACAGGAGGGAUUGUAAAAAAAAAAUAUUAUGAGUGUGAGGAAUUUGUCUGUCCAAGUCUGCUGUCUUGAAACAACAACAAAAACUGUUGAAGAGGUCCAAUCUGUUUCAAGAUAACUGCUGCUGUGUCGAUGAAAUAAUUUGUAAAGUGCUGCUGACAAAGGUAAAGGUGUUUAUGUGGUUAAAUAUGUAUUAGAAGCUUAAAGCAAAGAAAAAAGAAGUGCUAUUUUUCUAAUGCUCAUUAGGAAAUUGUACAGUUACGUCAAUUUGCUGUGAUCCUUUACAAUUUUCGCGCUGUAUCAAAUGACAACUUGAUUGUACCAUAAAUGUGAGUUAAUAAGUAUUGAUUUUAA